CUCUGUGUGUUUUGAUGGUGGAAAUGUCUUGUGUUCAGGAGAUGCGUGCCCUACGAUGCCAGUUCUUGUGAUGAUGCAGACGACUCCCAGAUGAGGUCCACUUACAUAGAGGAGUACAGCAGAGUGGCGCCUCGAGAGGAGGAGACUUUAAUGUUACUAGAAGUGGAAUCCUCUAGCACUCUCAAAGUCUCCUUCAGCACGUCGGUGGUACACCUCACUAGUGUUCUCCAAGUGCACACUGAGCAAGAAGAAGACCCCAUGUCGUCUGUGGACCUGUUGAGAAAUGCAAACCCGGCUGGUCGGGAAGAAAUACAUCCUUUUGUAGCAUCCAGCUCUCAUGACAACAAUUUGAGCCCUCUCCCGGCUGACGAUUUAAGGACCCCAGCACCCCAACGGCUGUACCCACAGCUGGAGCUGGAUGAGCUCCUCUCGCCAGAUAACCGCCCUCGACUGCCUGAGCUGCGUUUGUCCUCCAGUCAUCUUCAGCCGGAGCCUUUGCCUCCUGUCCACAGUCAUUAUCUAUUAUCAGCCAGUGAACGAGAGGAGAUGGAGCGAGGCGUUUGGACGGCAGAGAAGCACCAUAACUCUAGAGCUAGCUUUCUUCUGGCUGAGCCUCCCAGCCGCAAACCUUUUGUGCUGAAGCGACUGCUCGAAAAAGCCUUUGAGGUCCUAGCCAUCCCGACAUCCCCACAAGAGAUUGGACUUGAUGGGCGGCCUCAGAUCCCGUUUAAAGGCCACCUCAAUUUUGUGGAGAAAGGGACACCCCAUCCACUCAGUAUUAUGAGAUCGGAUCUCCUGGAUGACUUCACAGUGCUGUCAGGCGCUGAGAUUGAUGAUGUUCUACGAGGAAAUUGUGAAGAUGUGGAUAAACCCAAGACCCCUCUUGAGACUUCAGCUAAGUCCUCUCCACAUCAGCAGCGCUGGAGUCAGAGUCAGCGCCCUACCAUCCCUAUGCAGCAGGGGGCGGUGCAACAGGUGGCUGUGUCUUCGCAGCAGGAGGAGGGCGGCAGAGCUGUGAAGAAGCUGAUCAUGGAGAGGAUGGGUGGAGGAGAGAGGCCCUCUGAUGUCAUUGUUAGCCCCAGCCAGGAGGACAGACCUCAGGCCGUACCCCUGAGACCGCUGCAAGGCAGCCAUGGGACCAUGGGCAAAGAAAUGGUGGACAACACUUCAACUGGCAGGAAGCCUCACUCCUCAAAUGAGUUUCCCCGCAGCAGGGCCACAGCCUCAAAGCCGCGCUCACACUUUGACCUGCUGGACUCCUUCAUCCUGCUCAGACAGCAGCAAGGCAUGCUGGGAACCUCAGAAAAAGCCACAGAACUCCAGUCAAAGAUGUUGGCCAAGCAGCAGCAGCAGUCCACAGACCCAAGGCUAGGGGAGAGAGGGGGACAGCAGAAGGGUGUGGUGGCUGCUCCUGCUCCUGGAGCCAUGUCAGGUCCUGGAGAGAGAUCCAGAACCUGCUCAACGACUCAGGGGACACCAAGCAGCAUGAGUGGACUAGGGGCCAGCACAGCCAACACCCCCGCUGGGCAGACUGGCCUAGCUAACACAUCUGUCUGUCAGACAAGUGGACUAAGCACUGUGACUGGUCAGGCUGGGGCUCUUAGCGCUGCAGGUACGUGUAUUUGA